AUGAGGGUGCUCUGUGCUUUCCCUGAAGCCAUGUCCUCCAGCAGCUCCUGCCCCCCCUCGUGCCUAGCCCUGGUGGCUCUCUUGGCUCUGUUGCUCCAUCUCUCUCUCUCCUUUCAAGCUGGAGACAGGAGACCCUUGCCUGUAGACAAAACUACAGGUUUGAAGGAAAAGACCCUGAUUCUACUUGAUGUGAGCACCAAGAACCCAGUCAGGACAGUCAAUGAGAACUUCCUCUCUCUACAGCUGGAUCCCUCCAUCAUUCAUGAUGGCUGGCUCGAUUUCUUAAGCUCCAAGCGUCUGGUGACCCUGGCCCGGGGACUCUCGCCCGCCUUUCUGCGCUUCGGGGGCAAAAGGACGGAUUUCCUGCAGUUCCAGAACCUGAGAAAUCCGGCGAAAAGCCGCGGGGGCCCGGGCCCGGAUUACUAUCUCAAAAACUAUGAGGAUGACAUUGUCCGGAGUGAUGUUGCCUUGGAUAAACAGAAAGGCUGCAAAGUCGCCCAGCACCCUGACAUUAUGCUGGAACUCCAGAGAGAGAAGGCAGCUCAGAUGCAGCUGGUCCUUCUGAAGGAGCAGUUCUCCAAUACUUACAGUAAUCUCAUAUUAACAGCCAGGUCUCUAGACAAACUUUAUAACUUUGCUGAUUGUUCUGGACUCCACCUGAUAUUUGCUCUAAAUGCACUGCGUCGUAAUCCCAAUAACUCCUGGAACAGUUCUAGUGCCCUGAGCCUGUUGAAGUACAGUGCCAGCAAAAAGUACAACAUUUCUUGGGAACUGGGUAAUGAGCCAAAUAACUAUCGGAGCAUGCAUGGCCGGGCAGUAAAUGGUAGCCAGUUGGGAAAGGAUUACAUACAGCUGAAGAGGCUGCUGCAACCCAUCCGGAUUUACUCCAGAGCCAGUUUGUAUGGCCCUAAUAUUGGACGGCCCAGGAAGAACGUCAUUGCUCUCCUAGAUGGAUUCAUGAAGGUGGCAGGGAGCACAGUAGAUGCAGUUACCUGGCAACAUUGCUACAUUGAUGGCCGGGUGGUCAAGGUGAUGGACUUCCUGAAAACUCGUCUGUUAGAUACACUCUCUGACCAGAUUAGGAAAAUUCAGAAAGUGGUCAAUACAUACACUCCAGGAAAGAAAAUUUGGCUCGAAGGCGUGGUGACCACCUCAGCUGGAGGCACAAACAAUCUGUCAGAUUCCUAUGCUGCAGGAUUCUUAUGGUUAAACACUUUAGGAAUGCUGGCUAAUCAGGGCAUUGAUGUUGUGAUACGACACUCAUUUUUUGACCAUGGAUAUAACCAUCUGGUGGACCAGAAUUUUAACCCAUUACCAGACUACUGGCUCUCUCUCCUUUACAAGCGUCUGAUUGGCCCCAAAGUCCUGGCAGUGCAUGUAGCUGGGCUCCAGCGGAAGCCACAACCAGGAAGAGUCAUCCGAGACAAACUAAGGAUCUAUGCUCACUGCACAAACCACCACAACCACAACUAUGUCCGCGGCUCUAUUACACUUUUCAUCAUCAACCUACAUCGAUCAAGAAAGAAAAUCAAACUGGCUGGGACUCUCAGGGACAAGCUCGUGCACCAGUAUCUGCUGCAGCCCUACGGGCAGGAAGGCCUAAAGUCCAAGUCAGUGCAGCUCAAUGGCCAGCCCUUAAUGAUGGUGGACGACGGGACCCUUCCAGAACUGAAGCCCCGUCCCCUGCGAGCUGGCCGGACAUUGGUCAUCCCUCCAGUUACCAUGGGCUUUUAUGUGGUCAAGAAUGUCAAUGCUUUGGCCUGCCGUUACCGAUAAACAACCCUCUGCUUGUGAGCUCCUGGUGGGCUUGCUGGACUGCCUUCUACUCUCCACUCUUGUAGCGCCCUUAUUCCUCAGCCUCUGCUCCCAUCCUGCUGGAGUCAACAUAGACUUUCACUCCAAAGAGACGAAAAGUCAUAGUACGAGCUUAGCCUAGGUAGGUGACACCCAUCCCUAAGAAAAAUGUAGACACCCUUUAUUCCUAUGCAGAGAUAAAGGUGUGUGUCUGUUGAUGCACACCUCACAACCAGGCUGGCAGCAUGCUUUCAGAGCAGUGUUUGCAAACAGCUGCCUGUAGUCUUGAUCACACAGCAAUGUAACUGCAAACCCCAAGCCCUAGCCUACUGCUGCUGCUGCCCUCAGCAGAGGAUGAUGAAGGAAAGAGCAAGGGAGGGCUGCAAAUCCAAUCCUCCUCUAACUCCUCCUUUGUCUGCUUCCUGCUGCUGCCUUGGGUUUCCUGACACCUCUCUUCCCAUGGGGAGCAAAUGGGUGAGUCAGCUCUGGCCUGCUGGGUGAGCUGUUUAUAUAAUUUCCUGGCUGAUGUAUGAGUGUGUGCAUCUGGGUUUCUGACAGUGGCAUCCAUCACUGGCUAUUCCUCUGGGAAGCGGGUGCUUCACAAGUAGAAUUACAGUCAUAUUCCGCAGUCUGUAAGGUUCUAUUCCUCUGUGACUCUAGAUUCCCUCAGGCCUGGAGUGGGAGUCAGGUAACAAUAUUCAUUGAGUGGAGAGCAAUGUAUUAGUCUCCACAAAAAGAAAUCAUCAUUCUUCAUGUUGCCAGGAGGGAGAGAAUUGUAGUACAAAGAAAAAGCACAUGGCAACAUCCAGCACAUACAUGCAUGCUCACACACACACACACACACACACACACACACACACACACACACAGACCAAUCUAGUAAAGCAAUUUAGACCUUGCCCUCAAACUGAAAGGAUUUCAAAGACUCAAAACAAUAAGCCCUUAGUUAUUUGAUUGACCAAAACCCUUAGAAGAAGACAGUGUGAAUCACAGUCAUCAUAAACAUAGCCAAACCUUUCUGCUUCUUCCCACAUAGCUGAGUCUUAGUGGCAUUUACUAGGGAGAAAUCCCAUCUGGUCACAUCCCAGGUGGGUGUACUUUAGUAUGGUACAAAGUUUUCAGUUGGCUCCGUUGAAGAAGAACGGGGAAUUGGUCUGAUAGCAAAACUGAAAAUGAUAGGUGGAAGCUUUCUGAGUUGGACAGGCAGGAGGACUGACUUAACGUCUAUGGCCAGGACUUUAAAUGAGCUAUGGGGUUUGGGAGUCUUUGGAAACAAGCUGCAGCGGCAGAGACUCUGUGGACAUGACUGACCUCAGGAUAAAUGCCAAGGGUGAUGCUGCUUUUAAGAGGAAGGGGGUCCUUGACACUCUCCUGGGUGCCCGUAAGUCAGUGACACAGUUUUGAUGUGAACAGACGGGCCUGAGGGAGAAGCUGAGGCCAGUCGUGAGGGAGGCAGCAGGGGCACACCUAAGAUGUCUGAAGAAUAAGGAUGUGGUCCAGUUUGCAAAGUGAGAGGUGAGAGGAAGGUCAGACAAACAAGGUCCCCAGCGCUUUUCAUCGAGGAGAACUGGGAAUUUCAGGGGUGGGGGGCCCAUCUUAGUCUGUACAAGGGAGACCGUGGGAUCAGAUUGUGACGUGCUUAUUUUCAGUAUAGGAGAGGCAUCACACAGCAGUCAUAUCAGGGCAAGCAAGAACAGAAGACUCAGGACAGUCUAGACCUAUCAGUGGUCAGCUUGGAAGAUCUGGAGAUGGGGGCCCGUGAGACUGCUUACCCAGCAAGGCUCCCAGGGAGCUUCCCUUCCCAGGCACCUUCCGUGGAAGCUCCAGACAGAGAGAAGUGUUGAUAUUGGAGGUAGGAAGGAAGGAAAAGAAGAGAGAUGUGGGAAAGGGAAAGAAAACAAACGGAUGGGUUUUCCUCGAACACAUAUCAAAAUCCCUUCUAAGUACCUGUCUGGGGGCAACUGCAGGGCCCCUGAUAACUGCAGGGUAACCAGAGCCUCCUAGUGCCAGGCCCUGGGCUAGUUUGCUUUCAUAUCUAGAACCCCCAUGACAAAGCUGCUCUUGUCAUCGCCAUGCAUCUGUGAGGCAUGGGAGAGUCCUUACACUGCCCAGCAUCACCCAAGGCAAUGAGUUUGCUUGAGGAAUAAUCCAGAACCGGCCUACUUAGUCACCAAGCUCAGUGGCUUUUCAUGUCACAGACUCACCCCUCAUCUGGUAGACUCUGCUUGCCCAGGAUAGCCAAGACAUCCAGAGCCCAGUGCAAACACAUUUUCUGUAAAUAGGUGCUGACUCUUCACUAAGCCUUGCAGAAUGUAGGUCAUUUUCGCUGCUUUUGUCUUUCUCUGUGAAUUAAAAGCUGCACCCAAGAG